GCCGAGGCCUGGACACUGACCGGAGCCGCUCCUGCAGCGGCGGGUCGCACCAGCUCCCGGAGCCAGUCCCUGCGGUCCACGGACGCCCGGCGGCGCGAGGAGCUGGGGGACGAGAUACAGCAGUUCGGGUUCCCGUCCCCACAGACAGGUGACCCCGCGGCCGAGGAGUGGUCCCCGUGGAGCGUGUGCUCCAGCACCUGCGGCGAGGGCUGGCAGACCCGCACCCGCUUCUGCGUGUCCUCGUCAUACAGCACGCAGUGCAGCGGGCCUCUCCGCGAGCAGCGGCUCUGCAACAACUCGGCAGUGUGUCCAG